CACUACCAUCCCUGAAAAGGUAUUUCCAUCCUUCUGAGAUAUAUAAACUCCCUCAUCUUUCCUAGGUCUCUUAGCGGACACCCUUGUUCAGCUCCCUCUAGUUCAUCGUAUCUCGAAACCACCAACUUUUACUCUUCAUAGGGGUCAUCCUCCCCAACUGUUGUAUGUUCUCAAACCAACUUUGCAGCUCACACAACUCGCAUCGUGGUUCCAAGCACUCUUGUGCUGAUUUUCUCCGAGUAUAUUAAUCAUCUACUCGCCGCACAACCUCUCAAUCGCUUCUAAUUCACAUCAUGGCUCCUAACACUUCCUAUGACUCUUCUGGCUACAACACGCCUGACUCUCAGCUUGAAGGUGUUCUUCCGGUGCACCCCACAGCUGUCCGUCGACCCUACAAUAUCGUGGUGCAGUCCGAAAACACUCUCUACACUGACGAACAUAUCACUGCCAAGUUUGAAAACCGCGGGGCUAACGUUACUGUCACCGAUGGAACGUUCAUCGUCAACCCUACCUCUGAAUCUUUCGAGUUCCAAACCAACAGAAACGUCUCGAAGACUGGAUUGAUGAUGAUUGGUAUCGGAGGCAAUAAUGGUUCCACUUUGACCGCUACCAUCCUUGCCAACCGCCAUAACAUUGUUUGGCACACCAAGGAAGGUGCUCAACAACCCAACUAUAUCGGCUCUCUUCUACGUGCUUCCACGGUUCGCAUUGGUACUGACCCUUCAACUGGGAAAGAAGUACAUGUUCCCGUCUCCGACGUUCUUCCCAUGGUCCACCCCAAUGAUCUAGUUAUCGGCGGAUGGGACAUUUCUGGGUUGGCGAUGGAUAAGGCCAUGCAGCGCGCUCAAGUUCUCGACUACGAUUUGCAACGCCAGGUUGCACCUCACAUGGCUCUCAUGGGCAAACCCCUCCCUUCCAUUUACUACCCAGACUUCAUCGCUGCCAACCAAGAGGCUCGUGCCGAUAAUCUCAUUUCAGGGACAGAUAAGCAGGAACACCUCGACCACAUCAGGGCCGACAUCCGCAAAUUCAAAGAAGAUAACGGUCUUGACCGUGUGGUCGUGUUCUGGACAGCCAACACUGAACGUUAUAGUGACAUCAUCACCGGUGUCAAUGAUACUGCCGAUAACCUCCUCGACUCUAUCAAAUCUUCGCAUUCUGAGGUUUCCCCGUCUACCCUGUUCGCUGUCGCAGCUAUUCUAGAGGGUGAGCCCUUUGUCAACGGCGCUCCUCAGAACACCUUUGUUCCAGGUGUCAUCGCGCUCGCUCAACGUCACCAAUCGUUUAUCGGGGGUGACGAUCUCAAGUCGGGCCAGACCAAGUUAAAAUCUGUCCUUGCCGAGUUCCUCGUGAAUGCGGGCAUCAAGCCGCUUUCCAUUGCUUCUUACAACCACUUGGGGAACAACGAUGGUCACAAUUUGUCUGCUGAAAAGCAGUUCAAGAGCAAGGAAAUCAGCAAGAGCAGUGUCGUGGACGACAUGGUAGAUGCCAAUCGGUUGUUGUACAAAGCACCUGAGGUUGGGCCUAAAGGAGUUCCUGUCGGAAAGGGCGAACAUCCCGACCAUAUUGUCGUCAUCAAGUAUGUCCCAGCUGUUGGCGACUCUAAAAGAGCCAUCGACGAGUACUAUUCGGAGAUCUUCUGCGGUGGGAGGUCGACCAUCAACAUCUUCAACGAGUGCGAGGACUCCUUACUUGCAACGCCUCUAAUACUCGAUCUCACCAUUCUCACUGAGCUUCUCACUCGUGUGAAGUACCGAAAGGGCGCUGGAGACUUUGCACCUCUCUACCCCGUGUUGUCGCUGUUGUCGUACAUGUUGAAAGCACCUUUGGUGAAGCCAGGUCAUGACGUCGUGAACAGCCUCAACCGUCAGCGAAAUGCCCUCGAGACUUUCUUGAAGGCUUGCAUUGGCUUGGAGGGAAACAGCGACUUGCUGCUUGAGAGCAGGAUUUGGUAAAGAGGGUCCAACCCCUUCGUAGCCGAUGAUUCUGAGAUGAGAAACGUUCAACCGUUUCGCCGUCGUUUGGACACCAAUAUACGUUGUUUCUUGUUUUUUCUAUCUCUUUCUUUUCUGCUCCCUCCCUUCUCCCUCGGUAAAACUCUUUUCGGACCUUGAUGAAUUAUUCACCUACGUAGUUUCUGUUUGCCGCAAAAUACACGAUAUUAUCUAUCUAUCUGCUCAUCUCGGAGUUGGCGUGAGCC